AUGUAUUACAAUACAAAUCAUACAUAUUUUUAUCGUUUACAAAGUUUGUGGUUAUCGACAUCAUCGGUGGUCAUCAUAUGGUUGAUGAUAGUAAUACAGUCAUUGUUGAUGACAGUCAUAAUCACUGGUGAUUAUGUCAUAAGCAAUGGUAACGACAACAAUGUGUGUCAAGUGUUGGCACCAAACGGCCGAUUCAAUAGCUACUAUGUCUACAGACAGUGGUAUCAGUUGGGCACACAUAAAGUGCCCAAAUUUAAUACAUCCAUACAAUUGAUAUCAACUAUAAAUGAUAGUACAGUAGCUGAAUGGACAGUCCGUUUGGAUUAUAACCCGUUAAACACAGACCAAAUUAUCGGCAACUUAUCGUUAAUUCAAAGUACAAGAGUUGAGACAAAUAAUAAUAAAACCAAAAAGUUUUCGGGAAUUUUAUUCAAUAGAAAAGAUGUCUAUAAUUGUUAUAUUCAAUCAACGAAAUUUAUUAUACAUAUCCACUGCCAAUACAAUGAUAUCAAAACUAUUGUAAACAUUACCAAUUCGGACAAUAAGUUUCCCGAUAAUAAUACAUACAUUGUAUUGAGUCCCGGGGUUUAUGCCGAUACUGAUUAUUCGGCCGCUUACUGGCUGUACAGUCCAACCACUAGAUACUCUACGGCUAUCAAUUGUAAAAUAUUGUAUCCGGGUAUAUUAUUUAUUAUUCAAUUGGAUUGCUAUGAAAAUGGUUCAAAUCGGCCCGCAUUUCUGAUAGAUCAAUUAGACCAUGAAUUGUUGGGACAGUUAGUUUCGGUGACCGACAUUAGCCAUGAAUUGUAUGGCAAAUACUAUAUACUAUGGUUUCUGAUCAAUAAUAGUAAGGCUAUGUAUUGUGUGUCACCGGAAACUAAAUUAUCGGUAAAGUUUGUGGUCAUCAUCGGUGGUAAUCAUAUGGUUGAUAAUAAUAACACUGUUGUUGUCGAUGACAGUCGUCAUAAUCACUGGUGA